AUGACAAUAACAUCAAUAUCUCGCAUCACGACUGAACGUCGCCUGCCUACACCUCCCGAGAACGGACAGUCAGAUUCGCAACCAAGAAUCUAUCCUGCUCCCGACUUUCCCUUCAGAGGCUGGCAGCCUCCCCAGGCAGACGGCUAUCGUCAGAGUGCAGCGAAUCCAUCCGAGAACGCCAUAGUCAUCGACAAUGGCGCAAGCACCAUCAAGGCUGGCUUCUCUUUUGACAAAAGCCCCCGGUUCCUCGUGCCACCUCUCGUUGCGAAGUACAAGGACAGGAAAUAUAACAAAUAUUGCAUGUUCGUUGGCCAUGAUGCCUACGCCGACGCGACGACUAGGGGACAGAUCAGAACCGCCUUCGAACAGAACACUAGUAUCCCGACCAAUUGGGACAUAAUGGAGAACAUAUAUGACUACAUCUUUCUGAAGUUGGGAGUCGAUAACGAAGGAAGUGUGGGCAGGCCCCUUGUUGUGACAGAACCAGUCGGCAACCUGGGCCACAGCAGAAGGAUGAUGAAUGAGAUGCUGUUUGAAUGCUAUGGCGCUCCGAGCGUUACCUACGGUAUUGAUAGCCUGUUUUCAUUCCGACAAAACAAAGGAUCCUCGGGCCUGAUCGUAUCGUCGUCACACACGUCUACACACAUCAUUCCGGUCCUCGAUCGCAAACCACAGAUGCAGUCCUGCGCACGGUUGAACUGGGGAGGUUCACAGGCACAGGAGUUCCUUUUCAAGCUCAUCCGUCUGAAAUAUCCCAAUUUCACCGGGAAAAUGACCACCGAGCAGAUGGAGACGUACAUCAAAGAAUACUGCUACCUGUCCAAUGACUACUCUUCCGAACUCUCUACAUACCUCGACUGGAGCGGAUUGGAAGAAGAGCGAGAUAUCAUCAUUCAAUAUCCUUUCACUGAGCAGGUUGUGGUUGAGAAAUCGGCCGAAGAAUUGGCGAGAAUCGCAGAACGAAAGAAAGAAUCUGGCCGACGACUACAGGAGCAGGCUGCGAAGAUGCGGCUCGAAAAGCUCAUUAGGAAGGAGCAACAAUUGGAGUACUACCAGCAGUUACACGAGUCUUAUGUCAAUGCGCCUACCAAGAAGGAACAAAGAAGAAUCCUGGAUGACGAGGAGCUCAAGGACGAAGCAGCCUUGGAGAGGGUCAUCAGAGAUCUUGAUAAAUCCAUCAAAAAAUCGAGGAAUAAAGACUUGGGCGGAGCGGAAGAAGAAGAAACACUCGAAGAACAACUGAAUAAGUUUCCUCUUCUAGAUGUGCCAGAUGACCAACUGGAUGAAGAUGGUAUCAAGGAAAAGAGACAUCAGAGACUAAUGAAGUCCGGAGUCGAGGCAAGGAUCAGAGCCAAAGCGGAGAAGGAACGGGAACGGGCGAGAAUCGCGGAAGAGGAGAGGCUCGACGUUGAGAUGCGUGAGAACAAAUUCGAUCAAUGGCUCGCAGGCCGUCGCGAGCAGCGCGAGUCGCUCUUGGCUAAGAUCAAAGAGCAGGCACGACUCAAAGCAGAUUCGGGAAAUCGAAAGGGCAUUGCUUCCCAGAUGCGCAUGAAAACUCUGGCGAAUCUCGCUGCGGAUGGGCCCAAGCGGAAACGUCGAGGCGGUGGCGAAUACGAUGACGAUUUUGGAGCCAACGACGAGGACUGGGGCGUCUACCGCACAGUGGCUACUGAGCCUGCCAGUGACGACGAUGAGCCUGAGGAAGACCCUGUGGCAGCAUUGAAAGCGAUCGAAAGUGAACUUCUGCAGUUCGACCCCGACUUUCAAGAGAAAGAUACUCUGGAGGCCCAAAAUGACUGGACCAAAAGCAUCAUGCAUGCUUUUCUUCGAGGAGCGAGACCAGCAGACCCCGAGAGUCAGCGCGAGGCCAACCAGAUCCAUCUCAAUGUCGAAAGAAUUCGCGUCCCUGAAGUUGUCUUUCAGCCAGGCAUUGCCGGAGUUGAUCAAGCAGGUCUAGUAGAGAUCAUUGAGGGCAUUGUAACGGGUCGCUUUUCCGAUCCCACACAGCAACAGGCGCUCCUGAGAGACGUUUUCCUAACGGGCGGAAAUACCAUGUUCGCCUCGUUCGAGGAUCGACUUAAGCGCGAGCUCGUUGCCAGCUUGCCAGACACCCUGACAAUCGGUGUACGUAAGGCCAAAGACCCUAUUCUUGAUGCCUGGAAAGGGGCAGCGGGUUGGUGGAGUACUGGGGCAAGAGCUGAGAGGGAAGCGGCCACUAUCACACGCGCAGAGUACUUAGAAAAGGGAAGCGAGUACAUCAAGGUAAUCCCAGCCUCCAGCUAA